AUGUUCAAGUUACGAUCACAACUCUCUUCACCAUCAACAAUAAGAAACAUCUUGGUGCCACUCCUCCGAAGCAAUAAAAUCAAUGGAACAAUUAUUAAUACUAAUAAUACAGCAACACUGAUACAGAGAACAUUUUAUAGUAAUAUUAAAUUGGAAAAUCAAAAUAAUAACGAUGUCAAGGAAAAGGAAGGAAGUGAUAUUCAGCAAAUUAAAAAAUUGGAUUUACAAGAAUUAAAGAAUGAUAAAAAUUUUGAUUAUGAAUUAUUUGAAAAGAAAAAGAAGGUAAUUGAUAAAAAGUAUGAGGAAUAUGUCAAACUUGCAGAAUCAAAAGCAGAUUUUGAAUGGUAUGAAAAAUUAAUUUUAUAUCCAAUACUGGCUGUUAUUGCCUAUUAUUCAGCUCUCUGGUGUGUUGAAUACUUAAAGGAAGAUUCACCACCUUUUAAGAGGGCUCUGGAGAGAGGAGAAAGAAAGAGACAAAGAGAAAACAAGAAAUUGUGGGAGGAAAUUGUCACUGAACGAAACAAAAUUGUUGAACUAAGGGAAAGUGAAAAUAACAAGUAAUUAAUUAUAUCUCUUUAAUUCUCUCUUGAUAUCCUUCCAAUAAUUUCCUAUUAUUAGAGCAAGUAAGAGAAUAAUAUAGACAUAGAUCAUACCAUAGGAAAACUUUCUUGAGCUUUCUAAUUCUUUUUCAUUUUUGAAAUGGGAAAAUAAUAAAACAUAUUGAAUUCUAAC